UUCAUUGAAGGACUUAAAAAGGGCUUUUGCAGCAUUCAUCCUCCCAGCCCCACUGUAGUAGGGGAGCGGGAUCCCUGUUUUACAGUGGAUAAUCUGGAGAAGGGAAUUGUCUUGGCCCAGUGAGCCUGGGGCUAGAACCCAAGAGUCCAGCUUCUCGCUGACAGGCUGAUGCCCUCCACCGAGCUGAAGUGUUGCCAGCCUGAAAGAGGUGCCUGCAACCAGAAAUGUUAUAACCAGAUGUGCCAAAGUGGUGUCUGAUUCCAGGAGCCCAGUUUCAGGGCAGUGGGUCUAAUUUUUUUUCCAGAAUUGCUGAAAAAUCUCCCGCUACCAUCAGCUGGAGUUUGGGGGUGCGCAGCACUUCGGAGAGCCAGCCUGAGAGUGUCUGGAGUUGGGACUCCCAAACUAGAGGCUGCUGUUGAAACUUUGACUUGAAGGAACUUCAUGUGCAGUGCCCAUCGCUCCACUGCAUUGCACUGAAGAUGUCUAACAGCAACACCACGCAAGAGACCCUGGAAAUAAUGAAAGAGUCAGAAAAAAAGCUGGUGGAGGAAUCUGUGAACAAAAACAAAUUUGUAUCCAGGUCACCGAGCAAAGAAGAGGUUGAGAAGGACGGGGAAGAAGCCAACGUACGGCAGGAAUCUCAGAGGCGAACUUCAAAUCAUGGACACGCCAGAAAAAGAGCCAAGUCUAAUUCAAAGCUCAAGCUGGUCCGGAGCCUGGCAGUGUGUGAAGAAUCCUCCGGUCCCUUUGUGGACGGGGCCUUGGAAGUCCAGGACAUUAUUCAGUUGCAUGUCAGCUGCCCCUCGGACAAGGAAGAGGAGAAGUCUACAAAAGAUGGGCCCGAGAAAGAGGAAAAAGACAAGAAUAAGGAGAAGGCACCAAGGAAAAUGCUCUCCCGAGAUUCCAGCCAAGAAUACACGGACUCCACUGGAAUAGAUUUGCAUGAAUUUUUAGUAAAUACACUGAAAAAAAAUCCAAGGGAUAGAAUGAUGCUGCUAAAAUUAGAACAGGAGAUUCUGGAAUUUAUUAGCGAUAACAACAAUCAGUUCAAGAAGUUCCCUCAGAUGACGUCCUAUCACAGGAUGCUCUUGCACAGGGUAGCUGCCUACUUCGGCAUGGACCACAACGUUGACCAAACCGGGAAAGCCGUCAUUAUCAACAAGACCAGCAACACGAGGAUCCCCGAGCAGAGGUUCUCCGAGCACAUCAAAGACGAGAAGAACGUAGACUUCCCUCAGAGGUUCAUCCUAAAGCGAGACGACGCCAGCAUGGACCGGGACGAUAAUCAGAUCAGAAUCCCGUUGCAGGAUGGGCGGCGGAGCAAGUCGAUAGAAGAGCGAGAAGAGGAGUACCAGAGGGUCAGAGAGCGGAUCUUCGCGCGAGAGACUGCUCAGAACGGAUACCUGAACGACUGCAGACUCGCCAAGGAAGGCUUUUCCUCUAGCUCUCACAAACGGAGGCAGAUUUUUAGGUACCUCUGUGUGGUUUCUGGCGUACGUUCCGCAGAGCGAGCCCCCCAUGCAUGGCUGUUUGUGGAGUCCUUGUCGUAUCUUUUGCAACAUCCGGGGUUGUUUUGCCUCUCAAACGAAAUUGCUGCAGCGGCGUUUUUGCUGAUUCAUUUAGAACAAGGGGCGAAGGUCCCGCCCACUGCCCAGCAGCAGCCUGCCAUGAGCAACCACCUGAUCUCUCCGCCCGUCCCAGCUCUGCAGCCUGUUCAGUACUCUCCAAGCUCCUGUCCCCAGGUCCUCCUGCCCGUCUCUCCACCCCAGCAGUACAACAUGGCCGACGAGCUCAGCACCCCCUUCGGGCAGAUCAGCCUCAGCCGGCAGGGCUCCACGGAAGCUCCGGACCCGUCCUCGGCCCUGUUCCAGCCGCCCCUCCUCUCCCAGCACCCUCAGCAGACGGGAUUCAUCAUGGCGUCCCUGGGACAGCCCAUCACUGCCUCCAACUACUCCACCUCGGGGCACACGGCCCCUGCGCAGCAAGUCCUGCCGCCCCAGGGCUACCUGCAGCCCCCCCAGCAAAUUCAGGUUUCGUACUACCCGCCCGGGCAGUAUCCAAACUCCAGCCAGCAAUACCGACCUCUCAGUCACCCGGUGGCCUACGCCCCCCGGCGCAACCAGCCGCUCCCCCAGCCUUCACAGCAGCCUGGGUUACAGCCAAUGAUGUCCAACCAGCAGCAGACGUACCAGGGCAUGAUGGGAGUCCAGCCGUCCCAGACCCCCGGCCUCCUCAACAAUCAGAGGAGCAACAUGGGGAGCCAGAUGCAAAGCAUGCUGGGAGUGCAGCAGUCCCAGACCCCCAGCCUGCUCAGCAAUCAGAGAGGCAACAUGGGAAACCAGAUGCAAGGCCUGAUGGUCCAGUACACGGCCCUGCCGUCGUACCAG